AUGGGGCGGCCAUCGAAUCCUAACCUCAAACCUAUUGCCCACCGGAAGGAAGAAAGUGGAUUUCAGAAGGCGAAGAAGAGAAAGGAGAUCGCUCUAAAAAAUCAGAAGAUGGCUGCUAAUGCAUCAAAAUAUUUUAAAAUUGACCCAGCGAAGGAUAAUGAGGUCGCACAAGAUAAUCAGCCAGCUGUACGCGUGCAAGAAGAUCAAAUUAAUAAUUUGCACUUACUUCAAAAUAUCAAUGUUGCAACAUCGUCCUUGGAUACAGUUUCUUUAUCAGAGGUUGGUUCCGAAGUGGUGGAAAACUUUCUUGGAUUUAUCCGAUUUGACGGUAAAACUGGUGAAGAAAUCACCGAAAUGAUUAUUACCCAGCUCAAGCAGGAUAGAAUUGACAUCAAGAAAUGCCGUGGUCAGGGAUAUGAAAAUGGUAGUAACAUGUCAGGAAUUUACAAAGGUGUUCAAGCAAGAAUUAAACUUAUCAACCCGAUGGCAACCUACAUUCCAUGUGCAGCACAUUCCCUUAACCUUGUUGGCAAGAAUGCCGCUUCGAAAUCUGCAUCCGCGAAAUUAAUUCUUGGACAAGUUCAAAAUUUAUACGUAUUCUUCUCAUCUUCAACCAUUCGCUGGUCGGCUAUGAAGAAAUUUUGUAAGUUAACAUUGAAAUCUCAAAGCAACACUCGGUGGUCAAGCAAGGCCUUAGCAAUGAGAUGCAUUUAUGAGGAAUUUGAUGGAAUAUGUGAAGCUUUGUUGGAGUUAGCUCAUUCCGAUCAAGUGAAUGCUCAAACGGUUGCCGAAGCUAUAGCUCACUUCAAACAAAUUUUUAACUUUAAAUUUCUCCUGGGAAUUACAAUUUGGAGCAAAAUUCUUUCAAGCAUUAAUGUAGCAAAUGAAGCUUUACAGGAGAAGGCAUGUACCAUCGAAAGAGCAGCUCACCAUUUGCAGGGAUUGCUUAAUUGGUUGCAGGAAUUUCAAACUUGUGGAUACAACAAGUCGCUUGAAGUAGCAAAGUCUAAAGCGUUGCAGCUUGGCGUCGACGAAAAAUCGGGAUUUGAAUAUAGAGCAACCAGAAAUAUUCGACCGAUACGUUUCCGGAUAGAAGCUGAGACUUGCGACCAGUCCCCGCUGUCUAAUGAAGAUAAAUUUAACCAUGAUUUUUUUUGA